AUGACACCAGACGGGGCAGUGAAUGUGCUAGUCACACGGGAUGCAGUGUCACCUCCGAGGACACUGACAACUGUCACCAGUAAGUCGCCACUUCAUGUUGUAAAGACAGUGCCACCUGAGACAGUGCCUGCUGAAGAAACACUACCAACUAAAGAGACAGUCCUUGCUGGGGAGACAGUGCCAGGUGAAGAGACAGUGCCAGGUGAAGAGACAGUGCCAGCUGGAGAGACAGUGCCAGCUGUAGAGACAGUGCCAGCUGGGAAGACAGUGCCAGGUGAAGAGACAGUGCCAGCUGGAGAGACAGUACCAGGUGAAGAGACAGUGCCAGCUGGAGAGACAAUGCCAGGUGAAGAGACAGUGCCAGGUGGAGAGACAGUGCCAGCUGGGAAGAGUGAAGAGACAGUGGCGGUGAAGACAACGCCGAAGAAGAAGAAGAAGAAGAACAAGAAGGGCAGGAAAGACAAAACCAAUGAACAAACACACACACAGACAGACAGACAAGAAGGGAAACACACACCCACGCACACACACAAGAAAAACGAGGAGGAAGAAGAGAAGACUGAGGGCACUACAUCAACAGACACUGAGACAAACACACAGACGCACACCCCUAGAAGACCUAUAGAAGAGACAGUGCCAGGAAGUAUCAAUGUAGAGGAGAUACAGUUGUUAGAAGAGAUGGAGGAAAAUUCUUCCGUCUUCAGAUUUGACAACCUUGAGGAGGAACUCAGAGUGUUAAGUGAUGAUCUGAGGGUCCAGAAGAUAGUGUUGAAGAGAUUCUUCAGUGGGGAAGACGAGGACUUGAGGAGAAGUGAAAAGGAGCCAAGGAAGGAGGAGAUGGAGGACGUGGAGAUCACUAUAGAAGGAGAUGAAGAAGAAGAGGAGAAAAACAUUAAAUACGUCAAGGAAGAAGAGGAAGUAGAAGCAAGAAAAGAAGAACAGGAAGAGGAGAAAGAGAGCAGCUACGUGAAGAAGGAUAGAGAACAAGAAGAACAAGAGGAAGAGGAGAAGAAAGACACAAAACAGCACGCACAAAAAACGAACGAAGAAAGAGAAAAAGAAGGAAAAGAGAAAGAAAAGAAGGAGGAAGAGGAAAAAGAAGAGAAGAAAGGGGAGACAGACACACAACACCAACAACACCAACAACAAACUAAAGAAGAACAAGAAAAAGAACAACGAAAUCGAGAAAAACAGAAAAUGAAAGAGAGGACCUACCUGAAGAAGGAAGGACCCAGGGAAGUCUUCAGCAUCCCCCUCACUCACCUGGAGGCGCUGGUGAGGUGCCUGGGGGCGGCUUGUGAUGGGGCGGCCUGGGGCAUGGCGUGGGCGGGGGGCGCGGAACCCCUGGGGCGGGCGGUACAAGAGGCGCUGGAUGCCCUAAAGCCACAGCAAUUUCGUUCGGCAGAGCAAAUAUUACCUGCUGUUCUGAAUUUGCAGGCGGCGCUGCAGCAGGGGGAAUGCCACGGGAAAAGGAGAAUACCUGUGGCUGUGGAUGAAUGCUUGCUGUACCUCUUGACUCGCCUCCACCACAGCCUGCUGGAAAACGCCCCUACACAGACUGGCUGGGGGACGCGGACCUCCGAGGUGAUGUCAGUGUUCAAGGGCGUUGAGGAGUGCCGCUUCGUGUGUGAAAGGAAGGGCGUGGCUGUCUCCCGCUCCAGGGGCCCCUUCCUCCUGUACGGGCUGACGGUGCCUUCCUCAGCAACUUCUGAUGAACAUUUGUGCCUGCAGCGCCUCCUUCAGCAGCGUUCCCAGGGGCCUCAGGUGAGAUGGAAGUGUCCCCUGUGCAACGCCUCCCACACCUGUCUCUGCAGUGUACACCUGGCGCGCCCCCCGAGGAUUCUCAUAAUAUACCUGUGCCCACAUCAAGAAAUAUGGCCGCCCUCCCCUCCCCCCAGCCCUGUCUCUCCCCCUCCAACCCCCAUCACUCCCUCCCCUCUCUCCUCCCCUGCCUCCUCCCUAUUCCACUCCUCCUCCUCCUCUUCCUCCUCCUCCUCUUCCUCUUCCUCUUCCUCUUCCUCUUCCUCCUCACCAUCUCGCCCCUCCUUCUCCCACGCCCCCUCCUGUUUCUCUCCCAAGGGCCAGAGGAGGAGGAAGAGAGGGAGAAAGGGCGCGCCGACCCCCUCCCUUUGUGAAUGUCUAGACCUGACGCCCCUUCUUGUGCCCGGAAGUAACAGGAGUGCCCGCUACACCCUGAAGAGCGUAGUGAGCUUUGCUGGAGCUGACUCGACUUUGGGAGGGGAUGCCGCGCCCCUCACCUACGUGAAGGGCUCCUGUGGGUCAUGGUGGCGCUAUCCGGAAGGAGGCGCUGUAGGAGAAAGCGCAAGACGAAGAGAUGUGGUGUCUGAAGAAGGUCACCGCGCCAGACUGCUCUUCUAUCAGGCCAUCGAGGACUCUGAAGAAAGCUAGGGAAAGGAUGUACAUUUAGUUAAUCGCAAGAACGGUGUACAUCUUUCAAAAUUGACGAGAAGGGUGUACAUCUUGUCAAUUCGCAAGUUUCUAUAUAUCCUAGCUAAGCAUUCCAUUUUGCAAGACGCAUGUACCUGAUAUAAACAUUGUAUUGUGAUCUUAACCACAUGACUAUUACUGCUAGCAUUAUAUAUGUAUAUGUAACGUUAAGAAAGAUAGCAGCAUUUAUUACUAUCACUACCAUUAGCAUUAUAGCCUUAAGUGUUAUCGUAUCGGGUACGUUGAUUAUCUUGCUAUGUACGAUAUAUAUUUUUUUUCUUCAUGCGAUAGUUUAUUUUUUGUAUGUACGAUAGUUUGUUUUUGGUACGUGCGUUUUUUUUUUUUUUUACAUGAGGUGUUUUUAUGUGCAGUAUGAUAGUUUUAUUAUUAUUAUUAUUAUUAUUAUUAUUAUUAUUAUUAUUAUUAUUAUUAUUAUUAUUAUUAUUAUUAUUAUUAUUAUUAUUAUUAUUUUUAUUAUUAU